CAUCGUUAGUCGAGUGCAAAUGGCUCUUAGAAAGCUCUCCUGUUGUUGGGCUCUCCUGCUGAUCUUGGGCUGCCACCAAGUGGCGCCCAUUGCUGGCAGUUCGGUGGUUGUGGGCGAUCACAACAUCGACCAAAUACUCGAGUCGAACGAACUGGUGCUGCUCAACUUCUACACGGAGUGGUGCCCCUUCAGCAUCCGACUGGCGCCCAUCUUCGAGGAGGCGGCCAGGCAGGUAUAUGCCACGUUCCCAGAGGCGGGACGGGUGACAGUGGGCAGGGUGAACUGCGAUACGGAGAAAAAUGUGGCCAACAAAUUCGACAUUAUCAAGUAUCCCACGCUGAGGGUGGUGCGCCAUGGACAGAUGGGCAGGAGCGAGUACCGUGGCCAGAGGUCGGUGCAGGCGUUCUACCAGUUCGUGGAGCAGGAGCUCGCCGAUCCCGUCCGGGAGUUCCUCACACUCGAGGAGCUGCAUUAUAUCAAGGACGACACCGGCGUUAUUGUUGGCUACUUCAUGGACAAAAAUAACGCGGACUAUGAGAACCUACGCAAGGUGGCGAGCAUUUCGAAGAGGGAAUGCCGGUUCUAUGCGGGCUUUGGCCAGGUGUCGGAGGGACUCCAUCCGGCUGGAGAGAAUACGCUCAUCUUUCGCGCCGAUGCCACAAAGUCCAGCCACAGGGAGUACUACAGCGAGUACACGGGCAGCAUAAGCAACUUUGACGAACUGCUGACCUGGACGGAUGAGAAGUGCAUCCAGCUGGUGCGGGAAAUCACCUUCGACAAUGCCGAGGAAAUCGCCGAGGAGGGUCUGCCCUUUGUCAUGCUCUUCUACAACAAGAACAACCUGCAGCCCGUGAUGGAGUUCAAGACGGUGGUCGAGACCAAAUUGUCGCAUACGUCCAUGGUCAACUAUUUGACGGCCGAUGGUGAGCUCUUCACGCAUCCGCUGCAUCAUCUGGGCAAGACCAUGGCCGAUCUGCCCGUCAUAGCCAUCGACUCGUUCCGCCACAUGUAUCUGUUUCCCCGCUACGAGGACAUCCACAAGCCGGGCGUGCUGCAGGAGUUCGUCAAUGAUCUGUUCACUGGCAAGCUGCACCAUUACUUCCACUACGGUGGCGAGCUACCCACAACGAUGUGGGAGAAUGACACAACCCAGGACGAAAUUCUUGCGGCUGUGGUGCCCGAAUCGCAGUUCAAGCAGCUGCUGCCCUCCCCGCAUCGCUACACACUGAUCAACCAAACCAAAGAUGAGUUGUAGCUCUAAAUAGAAAUGUUAAUUUCGCAACCAUUGAAUAUUAAAGGUUUCCUAGGCUAGAUUCCCAGCAGCAGCGGCA